AUGAGGUCAGUGUUCGGAGUGCACUCACGAAUUUUGGAGCUGGUGGAGCAAUUGGCCUACGUGGUGAACAGGGAUGGGAGCGAGCCGGCGAUAACGCCGGAGAUGGGCGUGCGGUUGAUGACUGUGGGGGUGCGCCGCAAAGGCGUGUUGGUCGAUCGGCUCAGCCUGCUCGCAGUGGCGCCCAAAACGCGGCUGUGCGCCCUCGACAGCAUGCCGCAGGCCUCCAAGUUCUGGAGAACUGGGAUGCCGCACUCCACGCGACCGGCGGUGCGCAUCGUGAACGAGCGUAACCACUCCAGGCAGGCGGGUGAGGAAACGAUGCAACUGGUGACGUGUGGACAGACUUCAGUUCCUGCAGCAGACUUGGGUUUCGAUGUGCUGCGAGAUUGCGUACGAUUUCGAACGUUCUUGCACGGGGGCAAGCCUGCCCCCCACACGGAGAGGAUGUUGGCGGCUGGUCUGAAGAGGAUGUUUCGAGCGGUGACGGUGGCUGACUGGGAGGAUUCGGAUAAGGCAAAGAGGAUUUGGGAGGACGUCUUUGGCCAACCAGAGCUUCACCAUCGGCAUCCCCACCAGUCGGGCCACCAGUCGGGCCACCAGUCGGGCCACCAGUCGGGCCGUAAGUCGAGUCGGGGGGAGUUGGAGGUAUGUUUUUCUCGCGAGUUGACGGAGGGCGAGUGGAUCGAGUUGUUGCCGAAUGUGCCAGAGAGUUGGCGCGACGCGGCGGCUGCGUUGCUGCCCAGGUCAGCGUUGGAACCAGCGCCGAUCGUUGUGCCGCCUGUUGUUACUUCGUCGGGUGAACAGGAGAUGCGGCCGUCGCCGUCGCCGUUGCCGCCGUCGCCGUUGCCGCCGUCGGCACGUAGCUGCAUGUGUGUGAGGAGUGGGUCGCGAGUGGACUGGCGACUGGUGGCGGGCUUGUCCUUUGGGGCUCUGGUGUUGUACGGUAUCCUGACCCCCUUGUCGGGGGGAGAAGUGAAGGGGAAUGGGAACGGGAACGUGUCGUCGUCACAGACGUCGUCACAGACGCCGUCACAGACGCCGCGGUUAUGGACGGGUAGUGAAUUGUCGAACGGUCUAGUAUUGUCUACAGCCGACCUGUCGCGAAUAGGGCUUCCUCGUGGCGAGUGUACGCGCCACGCUUGGUUCGGAGGGUCCCGUCCGAUGUCUGCGUCGAAGAGCACUGCGUUCUCAGCGUAUUUGAAAGAUCUCUGCUUCGGCGGCAGCGGCGGCCUACUCUGCAACUCCACUACCGCAGACGCGCGUGAGAUCUGCUAUCGAUUCGGCACGCACCAAGGUCGGCCCGCAAGCAGUCUAUGGGGCGCUUUAGUUGGUUCGUCCACUUCCUGCCGUGAGUUCUGCGAUCCCCCACUCAUUGAACUCCACCGCCUCAGCUUCCAGGUCGCAAAUGCCCUCGCCGCCAACACUUCUGUCGUCGACGCCACUAAGUCGAGACUGACCAAUGCGUCGGUCAAUCUGUCGCCGUGGACGGAGGUGCCGGGUCCUGUGCAUUUGACACUAGGUCCGGCGGACGCGCCUGCACUUGCGCGCCUGCCCCGGAAAGAGACGUGUUCUGGUUAUUGUUCGCGCUGCAGCAGGGCGAGUUUCUCGGCGAUGCGGAAAGACUGUACCUGUGGCUUUGCCUACGCCGUGUGUCAGGACGUCAAAGUCAGCAACAACGAACCGCGCACACUCCACCGUGUAGCCGGACUUCAUGCUAACAUGCCCGAGCUCAUAAGCAAACUCCCACCACUGUUUAACACCCCCAACAGUCACUUAGAAAACUGUUGGUACGCCUGCCACGCAGUCCCUCUCGAACCACCCCCAACGCCUGCCUACGUAAGGACCACCCACCGACCUACGUAUCGACCUACGUAUCGACCUACGUAUCGACCUACGUAA